AUGGCGAGUCCUAGACCUCUGCUGGAUCCCAGUCGUCAUGAGCCUAUAGAACGGCGGAGGGAUCACGUUCCUCGGUUUCUGUUCCGCGCUUGGCAUGCGCGGAGCGGUGGCGGACCGGAUUUUGCAACGAACAGCACUUCAGAAAUCGUUCCUCAUGCAUUUAUGCCAGGAAAGCAACGUGAUAUCCCGACCUUCUAUGAGGCACCAGAGACCAUGCUCUAUUGGAAUGCCAUAAAUCAUUAUCACGGUAAUGCGUGCUCCGAUUCUGAAUUUAGCUCUUGGGCGUCAUCACUGCACCUGGUACUCUGUUAUGCCACAUACAAACUCAAUAAAAAAGAUCCUCACAUUGCCAUCAUGGAUACGCACAACUUGGAUGGAAACAUCCUAGUAUGGCAUGUACCAGACCUUAUUGGGCAGAGAAACCAUGAAUAUCUGGCAUGGGGUCAAAUAUCAGGCAGAGGUUAUAAGGCUGUCUCUUUGUACAAUCUCCACCAGAAAGGAUUGAAGAACGUCUUUCCUGAGCUUGAGUUAUGCACGGAUACUUGGGGAACAGCUCUUCGACACGAGAUGUUUAGCAAACCACUAACUAAAAUUUCAAGAGAAGAACUGGAUGUUGUCCGUAACAUUGCGUCGCCCUUUGGAGACCUUUCCUUACCCGUUGCAGUUGCUUUAGUUUGUAUCCGGCCCAAGUCUCUUCUGACGAGCAAAAUGGGAGGGCAGAAUCGAAGUAUAUCGAACCUGAUGGUGGGUCUGCGUAUCACUAAACUACCUGUUGAAUUCCAGAAACUUCACCAAGAGCGCUGGCUAGAGCCCGGUAUGGUUGAUACAAAAGGAUUUUCAGAUGUUGAGCAGUGGAUCUGUUUGUUCGACAGAAUUUUGAAGAGCAAGUAUUUGGGGCAAAUGGAGGCGAAGAAUGAGCCCAAUGACGAAGACGUCUGGGGAAAUGGGAGAUUGCGACCCCGGGAUGUGAAAGGUCAUGUAGUUAAAGAAACUUGA